UAGUAAUCAAAAACUAAUUAAUCAAACUUACAAUUAACGAUAAAUUCAUUAAUUUUACAUGUAGUCGUGUUGCAGUCGACGUGGUGCAAUAUGUUAUUGAGAUUUAUUUUAUUAGCAGCACUAACACUAUGUACACUUUCAAAACGACGAAGCAAUGAAAUAUUUGAUAUAAACCCAGCUGAAAUAUUGGAUCCAGAAAUCGAUGAUCUGUAUGAAAUGAGAUUUAAACUUAAUCAACUACGCUAUCGUUUUAACGACACAGUCAAACAGUCACGAAACAAUUUCAGUGUAAACGUGACUACAGAAGGUGACCCUAUGACUCCCGUUCCACCAGAGAUAGUAAGACAAUCUAAGAUUGAAAUGAAACGAAUGAAAACACGAAUGCUUAAACGACAACUGAUGAAAGUAUUAACAACAGACUUGCCGUCGAUAUCAGAGUAUAUGGAAUUUGAUGACCCAACUGUUAUAACUGAAAAAUUUGACAAAUUAGUUGCAAAGCACAGAAACACGAAGUUUCUUACACGUAGAGAAGAAUAUCACCCCGGAGAGAACCAACCGAGUCAAAAGUCCUUUGAAUUGACUAAAUGGGCAGUUUUUCAAGUGGUGGAACAUUUUACAUACAUAGCUCGAUACAAGCUUGUUCUCAGCCAAGUCCUCAAAAAGAAAUACUCUGGCAAUUUCCGGUAUCGACUGGGAUAUUUAUUUUCGUUACUGAGACACUUGAAAAAUACGCAGAAAUGGUUGCAAUGGGCAUAUAAGCAAUACGCCGUCGAUCAUCAUUAUUACGAAGUAAAAAUGUUGCAAAAAAUAAUGCGCCUGGACGUAGAUAUCAGGGAUGUAGUAGCCAUGAUAAAGAAAGCGGAAUACGACAGGAACAUGUUGUUUGACCCAUUUUUCUAUGAUGUAAGUUUAGAAAAAAAAUAAUGUACAUAGCUUUAUGUAUUUCUUGUAUAUUAAAGACAUUGUACUUA